GUGGUUCUCAUUCGCUGUCAAUCGCAUCUUGGUCCCUUUUUAUCUCUAUUCGUCAUCCCCAAGAGCGCCCAUGAACUUCCUUCCGUCCUUUCGAAAACCUCGACGACAACAGCGGCCGCCCAACAUGGCGCCCCCCGUUACUAUCCGCAAUGUCAGCAACAAUCCGCUAACUCUGGUGCUGGUUGAGCAUUUCGAUCCUGCACCAGACGAGGGCUUUCAGAUGCAAAAUGUGACGACGUCGUUGGCGCAAAUCACCAAUGGGCUGGGCCUAACGAACAACACCACCCGCAAAGCGGUACCCCAGAUCCCUGCGGACGCGAAGCCCUUUGCGACGCGAGAGGUUUCGAUCAAGCUGCCGCCGUUCACGUUAGUGCCUACGGACAUCAAAGCAGUCAUCAACAAGCCCAAUGAGCGGCUUCGAUUGACUUUCCAGACGGAGAUGGGAGGGAAGCAUCAGAUGUACUGCCCUGUGCCGACGGCCGAGACUGCAUCGCUCGUGGCUCUGGCUCCCAAUCCCAAGUUGCGCUUUACUGGCAUCUUCCUGCCCGACACGUCUUUCGUGGCUCUCUACAACACCUCCCACAUGGAAAGCUGGAUGAAAGACCUCCCGGACCACACCCCGCUCGGCGUCCUCUCAGUUCCCGGCACCCAUAAUUCGCCUACACACUACCAGGCGGCGCCGUCGGUGCGUUGUCAGGCGGUGUCGCCCAAGGAGCAGUUGAAGAACGGCGUCCGCUUCUUCGACAUCCGCGUGCAGGUGCCGGAGCCGUACGACCCGAACUCGGACAAGCUGAUGCUCGUGCACUCGUCGUUCCCCAUCUCGCUGACGGGCGCCAAGCACUUCCGCGACCUGUACAACCAGAUCCUGGAGUUCCUCAAGGCGAACCCCAGCGAGACGCUGAUCCUGUCGCUCAAGCGCGAGGGCACGGGCAAGGGCACGGACGAGCAGCUGUCGCGCAUCCUGAAGAACCACUACACCAACCCGCGCGAGUGGUACACGGAGCCGCGCGUGCCGGCGCUGGGCGAGGUGCGCGGGCGCAUCGUGCUGGUUCGGCGCUUCGUGCUCGAGGAGCCGCUGCGGCACGAGUGGAAUGGGCGCGGCUGGGGCAUCGACGGGCACGUGUGGGCGGACAACACGCCCAACUCCAUGUGCCCGUCGGGCGACAUCUGCGUGCAGGACUUCUACCAGGUCAUGGAGAAGCCGUCGAUCGAGCAGAAGAUCGCCUACGCCUGCGACCACCUCGAGCGCAGCGGCUGCUGCCUCUUCCGCGGCCAGAACGUCGGCGACAAGAAGUACCCGCUGUACAUCAACUUCCUGAGCGCCAGCAACUUCUGGAACGUCAACUGCUGGCCCGAGAAGAUCGCCGCCGAGGUCAACCCGGCCGUCGUCUCCCACCUGUGCCAGAAGCACAUGAUCGGCAACAACGGCCACGUCAAGGACGGCGACUGGAGCACCGGCAUCGUAGUCACCGACUGGGUCGGACAAGGGGGCGAUUGGGAUAUUGUCCGGUGCAUUGUGGGCAUGAACGCCAAGUUGAUCAGCUAGAGACAUUUUCCGAUAAUAUACCAUACUAUUUUGCUUGAAACAACCAUGACAUUAGCCCUCGUGGGAGCUUCGGCGUCUUGAUCUUAAAUACUAACGUUGUAAAAGAUAUUUUACGUAUCACAGACGUUUUCAACCCCCCCAAAAAGC